UGUCAUCUGCCUGAAACAAAAAGACACAUGAAUCUCUCUAUCUCUCAAACUCUAGCGUCUUUCCUUUUCCCUUUUGUCUGACACGUUAUUACAUAGAUGACGUAAUACUAUAAGUAGAUGACGUAAUAAAUGAGUAGGUAAGAGUUCUGCUACUCUCUAAGUUUCGAGUGUUAUCUCUCUCUCUCUCUCUCACUCAAGUCCACCUGCUUCCAAGUUGUCUUUGCAACGACCCAUUAGCAGAAGCAGGAGCUUAGAUAAUAAACUACAAUGGCGGAGAUCGGGAAGACGCUACUAGAUUCAGGCUGGCUAGCAGCCAGAUCAAUAGAGGUUAAUGAAGACGGGAAGCAGCUCACUACAUCCAAUCCACCGUCUCUCGCUUCCCAAUCUAAGUGGAUGGAAGCCGUCGUCCCCGGAACUGUUUUGGGUACAUUGCUGAAGAACAAAGCUAUUCCAGAUCCUUUCUAUGGACUUCAAAACGAAUCCAUCACUGAUAUUGCUGAUUCCGGAAGGGACUACUACACUUUCUGGUUCUUCACAAAGUUUCAAUGUAAAAGGUUGUUGAAUCAAUAUGUGCAUUUGAAUUUUCGUGCUAUCAACUACUCUGCUGAGGUGUAUGUAAACGGGCACAAGACUGUGCUCCCCAAAGGAAUGUUUCGCAGGCAUACAUUUGACGUUACUGAUAUCCUGCAUCCUGACAAAGACAAUCUACUUGCUGUUAUCGUCCAUCCCCCUGAUCAUCCUGGGACUAUCCCUCCCGAAGGAGGCCAAGGUGGUGAUCACGAGAUUGGGAAAGAUGUAGCUGCGCAGUAUGUUCAAGGUUGGGACUGGAUUUGUCCAAUGAGGGAUCGAAACACUGGCAUAUGGGAUGAAGUGUCAAUCUCUAUUACCGGGCCUGUUAGAAUCAUUGAUCCCCACUUGGUCUCAACCUUCUUUGACAAUUACAAAAGGGUCUACUUGCAUGUGACUACCGAACUGGAAAACAAAAGCACAUGGAAGGCUGACUGUUCUGUAACUAUUCAGAUUACGACCGAACUCGAAAACGGUGUUUGUUUAGUAGAGAUUCUUCAUACAGAGAAUGUUACCAUCCCUGCUCGAGGAAACACUCAGCACACGUUCAAACCGCUCUUUUUGUAUAAACCUGAACUGUGGUGGCCCAAUGGUAUGGGCAAGCAAAACCUUUAUGAGGUCUUGAUCACUGUCGUUGUGAAAGAGUUUGGAGAAUCUGAUUCGUGGAUGCAGCCGUUUGGUUUCCGUAAGAUCGAGAGUGUUAUUGAUAGUGUCACUGGUGGAAGGCUGUUCAAGAUCAACGGAGAGCCUAUAUUCAUCCGCGGCGGCAACUGGAUACUAUCAGAUGGUCUGUUACGUCUCUCUAAAGAACGUUACAGAACUGACAUAAAGUUCCACGCUGACAUGAACAUGAACAUGAUCCGUUGCUGGGGUGGUGGGUUAGCUGAACGGCCAGAGUUCUAUCACUUCUGUGACAUCUACGGUUUGUUGGUUUGGCAAGAGUUUUGGAUCACUGGAGAUGUUGAUGGAAGAGGUGUUCCAGUAUCAAACCCAAACGGACCAUUAGACCAUGACUUAUUCAUAUUAUGCGCUCGUGACACCGUCAAACUUCUCAGAAACCAUCCGAGCCUUGCUCUUUGGGUCGGUGGAAACGAACAAGUUCCACCGAAAGAUAUCAACGAGGCUCUAAACCAAGACCUGAGGCUUCACCCUCAUUUCGCAACGCCGUCGUUACCAGACUGGGAUUCAGAUCCUAGUGUCUAUCUCGACGGUGCUAGAGUCUAUGUCCAAGGUUCUAUGUGGGACGGGUUUGCAGAUGGGAAAGGGAACUUCAGUGACGGGCCUUACGAGAUUCAGUACCCUGAAGAUUUUUUUAAAGACACGUUUUAUAAGUUUGGGUUUAAUCCAGAGGUCGGUUCGGUUGGAAUGCCGGUUGCGGAUACUAUAAGAGCUACGAUGCCAAGAGAGGGGUGGGAGAUUCCUCUGUUUAAGAAGGGUGCAGACGGGUUUGUGGAAGAAGUGCCCAAUAGGAUGUGGGAUUACCAUAAGUACAUUCCGUAUUCUAAGCCUGGCAAAGUUCAUGAUCAGAUUCUGAUGUAUGGUGCUCCAAGGGAUCUCGAUGACUUCUGCUUAAAGGCUCAACUGGUGAACUACAUUCAGUACAGAGCUCUAGUGGAGGGAUGGAGUUCAAGAAUGUGGACAAAGUACACAGGUGUCUUAAUAUGGAAGAACCAAAAUCCAUGGACUGGUCUCAGAGGUCAGUUCUACGAUCAUCUUCUGGACCAGACAGCCAGUUUCUAUGGCUGCCGUUCCGCUGCAGAGCCAGUACAUGUCCAACUGAACUUGGCAAGUAACUUCAUUGAGGUUGUAAACACCACUUCUAGAGAGCUAUCAGAUGUGGAGAUAGAGGCAUCGGUAUGGGACCUAGACGGUAACUGCCCAUACUACAAAGUGUUCAGCAAAGUCUCUGCACCGCCUAAGAAAGUUGUGCAAAUAUCUGACUUCACGUACCCGAAGUCAGAGAACGCAAAGCCUGUUUAUUUCCUUCUUCUCAAACUGUACCAUGUCACAGACAAAACAGUUAUAUCCCGGAAUUUCUACUGGCUACAUCUGCCUGGUAAAGACUACACGCUCUUGGAGCCAUACAGAAACAAGCAAAUACCUCUCAAGAUCACUUGUGAUUCAGUUUUGGUCGGUCCAAAAUUCGAGCUGGAGAUCACUGUCCACAAUACAUCUAGAGCUAAUGCUCUUCAAGAUGGUUUGCUCCACAAGCUGUUUAGUAGAUUUGGUGUUACUGCAGAUAGCAACUGCGGUUUGAAAGUGGUGGGAUCUGAUCCAGGAGUUGCUUUCUUUCUUCGUUUCUCAGUACACAAUCCGGAGUCAGAGAAACAAGACACGAGGAUUCUCCCUGUACACUACUCGGACAACUACUUCUCACUAGUUCCGGGUGAAUCAAUGUCUUUUAAGAUCUCAUUUGCAGCUCCUACAGGCAUAAAGAAGUCUCCUCGUGUUUUGCUCCGGGGUUGGAACUAUCCUGAUGGGUUUACUGUGUUUGGUUAAUUAAAGACAAGUUACUUCUCGUUAUUUUUUGUAACAUAACUACGUGCAAUGCAAACACAAAACCUUUUCAAUAAAUAAACGAAACUCUCACAGGUUUUGGUUCAUUA